UUCCCAAACACUCUAGGAAAGGAAACUGGAGAAUUAGAAACUAUCAGGGAAAGGAAGCACCCACUGAGCCCCUGUCAUUCUCUGACCAGACAACACACCACAGACCACCACUGCUGUGUGCCUGCUCUGUGUCGGCACCAUGAACCGCAGCUCCCAUCCCUUCUUCCCUGGACCCCACACCGGUGUUCCACCAACCGAUGAGAUGCUCAAGGAGGAGCACGAGGUGGCCGUGCUGGGGGCACCCCAGGGCUCGGGGCCCGUGAUGUCCACCGUGGUUAACAUCCGCAGCGAGACCGUCGUGCCCGACCACAUCGUCUGGUCCCUGUUCAACACCGUCUUCUUUAACCCCUGCUGCCUGGGCUUUGUGGCAUUUGCCUACUCCGUGAAGGCUAGGGACCGGAAGAUGGUGGGAGACGUGACUGGGGCCCAGAGCUACGCGUCCACAGCCAAGUGUCUCAACAUCUGGGCCGUGGUCUUGGGCCUCCUUGUCAUAUCCGCCGUCACCAUUACGGUCAUCGUUAUCACUACCGGUGCAGUGGUUCGCAGACCAUAUUAGAAGAACUACUAGACGUCAUAAAGAGUUAUGGAGGCCACUAGCAGGUGUCCAUAGCCUAAGGCUGUCACCCUUUCCACAGCUGUUCAUUACACACACGUGUCUACAACUGAAUUCAAUAAAGGAUUUGUAUGUGA